UGUCAUUCAAAUUUUUUAAUUGAUUAGUUUUAAAACAACGAUGGCAAGUAAAGUUAACGUUCUUGAAUCCGUUCGUGAAGAUGAUUUUGUUGAAUAUUAUCUUUUUCCGCCAAUUGACACCCAGGAUGACAAAGAACAAGAAGUUGCUUUAACUAGAAUUUUAAAUCAGUGUGAAAAAAUCAUAAAAAAGUACACCGAUGAGUAUUUAUGGCAUAAAGACGAAUUCAAAUUAACUGUGAGAACCUGGAUUAGUAAUUCACUGAUUCAUGACAGUAAGAAAGCAGAGUAUUUACCACCACAUUUAUAUGGCGUAACUCAUUUUGGAGACAAUAUAGAAGAUGAAUGGUUUAUUGUCUUCCUUUUACGUCUAUUAACUAAAGACAUUGAUGGCUUAAUAGCUCGUGUGCACGACGCUGACGGAGAAUUUAUUUUAAUUGAAGCAGCAGACUACUUGCCUUCAUGGGCAGACCCCAACAACUGCGAAAAUAGGGUAUAUAUCUUCCAAGGCAACAUUCAUAUCAUCCCUCUAGACGACUCGGAUCGUCUUCUCGAAAUGGUCCCAAUGGCAGUCAACGAGGCCGUUUCAACAAUCCAAAACAACCCGAUCGACACUUUAGCGUCCUCAGACAUCCAAAAUUGCAUAAUUAACAAAUUAAAAGACUACCCUGACAAAAUUCAUACCAAUCUCCACCAUGCCACAGCUUAUCUCCCAGUAGGUGUUGCUGCAAUUUUGCGACACAAGCCCGGGCUUAUAGCCCCCGCCGUCCAAGUGUUUUGUAAUCGAGACCCUGUGGACGCCAAAACCUGCAAAGCCAUGAAAUAUUUUCCGCCCGAAAACCGCGUAAAUGCCAGAGUGACAUUCACGAAAUGUUUAUAUGCAAUGUUAACUCACAGUAAAUAUGUUCCGGAUCGACGCACCGGUUGGAAUUUACCUAAAACCGACAGUCCGCAAUUUAAAGCACAUAAUUUAGGGGUUAAAAUCGCUUGUGGGUUCGAAAUUUUAGCAGCGCAAGCCAAACCGAGCCAGGAUAUUGAACAGGAUAAGGGAUGGGUCAGUUACCUUGAAAAAUUAAAAGAGAAAAAUUAUUUUCGGGGAUUGUUGGAGCAUUCUAGGGAAUACAACGAUUUACUGAAUAAAGCGAAAGAGUAUUACAUUAAUCAUAGAGAUUCGAUGCACUAUUCACCGGCGAUAGGACAGGAAAUUCUUCAAUUGAUGAAGACUUUAGAUUUUAAAAUCGAUGAAUUGAAGAAGGAAGAAAGUAAUCUUCUGGAUGACGAUGACGAUUCUUGGCUUAACAUUACUCCAGAAGAGCUAGAUAAGAUGUUGGAGGAAAAAUACGGUCAAAAGAAAUUUGUUACUGUUAAUAACAAUUCAGACGCGUCUUCAUUCACUGAGAAAAUUUCUUCGUUUUUAAACCAUGUGUCAGAUAUCGACGGAGUGGAGCAUCCCGACGUUGACAAUAAUUCCCCAACGCGGCCUCCCCGAGGUGUCAAAAAACGUAGCAAAGUGUCGUUUGCAAGUGGCACAAAAACCGAGACAACAGCCAAUAACAGGGUCAGUUUUGAUCCCAAUGCGUUUUCGUGUGCUGUUCAGAAUAUACUGAAUUUUGUAAUUCCCGAGGAUGACAGUUGGGAUUUGGAUUCGGGGUCUGAUAUGAGCGAUUACGCUGACGACGUCUGUGACAAUGAGGAGAUGUACGAAGGGGUUAAAAAUAAAAUGCAGGAGUAUAUGGAACAGAUGGAUAAAGAGUUGGCGGCCACUACAAUCGGGGAAAGUUUCGAGAAGAAAAAUGGGGAUGGGUUUGAGGAUAUUGAAAGUUUUAAACCUGUUGAUAUUGAUGUGAACGCGUUGAAGAAUAUUUUGGAGAGUUAUAAAUCGCAGUUAGGUGAAGCGGGACCGUCGAGUAAUAUGUUAGGGCCGAUGGGGAUACACUUGGAUGUUAGUAAUAGUGAUGAUUGAGAUUCUAAUUAAAGAUAAUCGCAAUUUAUUGAUUUGAAUUAAUUUUUGUAGCGCGUGCCAAUAAGGAAGUUUACUGCCAUACAUGUGUUUCAAUUGUCUUUACUAUUGAUGUGUUUAAUUAAUUAUUGUAUGAGAUUCGCACGUAAGCUGUUCAGAACUCCACGACGUGAUUAUUUAUUUAACGUUACCUCAGAAAAAUGGAGAAAUAUAUUUUUUUAAGUUAAGCCUUGUAAGUUUCAUCUUGUCAAGAACGAACUUUUUUUAGAAUAUUGCUUAUUCAAUAAGCUUCCUGUUCUGAACAGCCAUAUAUGUAUUUAGAUUUAGAAGUUAGCUGCUUGUUAUAAAAAUGAAAUAAAUACAUUAAUUUAAUACUUUAGAAGAUUAUGCCGUGUUGAAUUAAAAUUUUUGUACUUUUUAUAUUAUAUGUUUGCAAUUAAUUAAUAAUUAAAAGUAGAACUUUUA